AAAGUUUUCUUGUGACAUUAUGUGUUGCCAUGGAAAAAAAAAACAGCACCAACCCCCACCCAAACAUUUCAUUCAAUUUAGCCUGCAUUGAUUCUUGGAGGUUUCGUUAUUGAAAGUGAUUUUAGUCUGUUUGCUCGGCUACCCAUGGCUGGUCCAGAGUCAGAAAGUAGCCUCUCUGGAGACACUGAGACACCAGAGGACCAAAGCAAUGGGGAUGGUUCUCAUCAGUCCUGGUUUAUCGAGAUUGGAAAAGCUAAAAAGGCCAAAAGGGCGGCUCUGAUCCAGAGCGUCGAGAGACUGUGUGCCUCACAAACAGCCCGCAGCAAAGCUGUCCUGGACAGACUGCAGGACACCUUCCCUACACCUCAGCUUCCAGCAAGCCUCUCACCACUCCCCGAAUCGUCACCGAGAGGAAAGAAGAAGAAGCAACUUCCAGGUGGUCAGGCGGCGGCGCAGGGUGGUCCAUUGCCCAACAUUUCAGGUGAAUGCGGAGACAUGGGGGAAACCCUGAGCCCUGUAGACGCACACACACCCAGAGAGAUGAGGUUUUCCACCGAUCUGAGGAGCUGGCCCAGCUCAACCCUCACCCCAGCUCCUCACCCGGGACUUAAACCCAGGAGACAGUCUCGCCUCCCGGUGAUAAUAGGCAGAGCAGACAAAGAAGCGCCUGGAUGCAGACUUCAGUCAGCUACAGCUGAAAAGGAGCCGUUACCACAAAGACUGCAGCGCCACGUCGACCGCACUGGCUCACCUCAGCCGCUGACCUCUUCGAAGAAGAUGGCCAUCGUCGCAGCACAACCUGCGGAGCUCGUCCCAACCGACAGAACAGGACCUCUCCAUGAGAAAACUCUCAGUCCUCCAAAGUCCGACUCCAUGGCAGGAAAGACUAGAUUCCCACCCCUGACCGACACGUCAGAGAGCGCGCCCCCCUGGCUCAGACAACUCAGCUCCCACAACUGGGAAAAGAAAAUGGAUGGGAUGAAAUGUGUCACAGAUCUGGCGCAGCACCAUCCAGAGCAACUGAAGACCAAACUGCACGAAGUCUGCCGAGUCUUGACAGAGGAGGUUAAAAACCAGCGUCCUUCUUUAGCCGGCGCUGUUAUUGACACCAUAGCAGAGCUCCACACUCAGCUGGGAAAGUCAAUGGACCCCGAGGCAGAAAGGACCAGUGACGCUCUGCUGCUGAAGCUGGCACAGACCAGCAACGAGUUUGUUCACCAGAGAGCUAAUCUGGCCCUGGAUGCACUGGUGAAGGGCUGCAGUCCUGCUAAGGUUCUGAAUGUUCUGCUCAGCACAGGCCUGAGUCAUCACUGUGCUGCAGUGAGAGAAAGCGCGGCGCAGCACAUUCACCAGCUGAAAAACGUCACCGGAGAGGAUUACAUCCUGAAAGCAGGAAGAAGGUUUUCAGGAGGUUUCCUUAUUGCGGUCAGCAAGAUGUGUGUGGAUUCUAAUCCUGGCGUCAGGAAUCAUGGACAGGAAAUGCUGUGGGAAUUUGCUCAGCACACAGAGUUUAUGGUCCAGUGGCAGAAGGCUGUCCCCGCUAAGGCCAGGGCUCAACUGGUCAAACUUUUGAAGAGGAUGAAACGACAAAAGGCUCAAUGGACAAGAACUGAGGUAGAGAUUUGUCCAGCAGAUGGCCCUGUUGAGCAAGGCUGAUCCUGCAAAAAGAAGAUGGCUCCCUUGGGAAAAAAAAAUGUCUGUCGUUUAAUUGUACAAGACUGUUCCAGGGACAGACAAGGGUCCAGUUAAAAAUAAUUCAGAGAAGACAGUGACGGUGGAAGAUGGUUUUCUGUAACCAACUAGUCAUUAAACCAACUGAACAAAUGAUCAAA